GAGAAAAACCUUACGAGUGCUACAUCUGCCACGCCCGAUUCACCCAGAGUGGAACCAUGAAGAUGCACAUUCUGCAGAAACACACAGAGAACGUGGCCAAGUUCCACUGUCCACACUGCGACACUGUCAUCGCACGCAAGAGUGACUUAGGAGUCCAUCUGCGUAAGCAGCACUCUUUCAUCGAGACUGGGAAAAAGUGUCGCUACUGUGACGCCGUGUUCCACGAGCGCUACGCUCUGAUCCAGCAUCAGAAGUCCCACAAGAACGAGAAGAGGUUCAAAUGCGAGAUGUGCGACUACUGCUGCCGCCAGGUAUGUUUUCUCUUUUCUCUUUAGCC